UCCGGAUAUCGAGGCCGUUAGCGCAUAGUAGCGCUCGUCCAGUUUAUCGUGACAGAAAUUAAAUCUAUAAUAUUGAUGUUGAAAUUGAAGCAGUAAUGUUGUGGCAGCAGCUGGUUUGUGUCGUUUAAUCGCGUCUGCAGUGUGUGUGUGUGUGUGUGUGUGUGUCAGGUGGGGUCAUGGCAUCAGAGGCAGUGCACUACAUCCACCUCCAUAACUCCAGUCAGUCUGUGCUGGAGGCUCUGAGGUCACAGCGACGCAAGGGUCUGUUCUGUGAUGUCACCGUCCGCAUCCAUGACGCGUCCCUGCGUGCGCAUGCGUGCGUGCUGGCAGCGGGAAGCCCGUUUUUCCAGGACAAACUGCUGCUUGGUCACUCGGAGAUCUCGGUUCCUCCGCUGGUUCCCGCUGAGACGGUGAAGCAGCUGGUGGAUUUCAUGUACAGCGGCUCACUGGUGGUGCUGCACUCGCAGGCGCUCUGCAUUCUCACGGCAGCGUCCAUCCUGCAGAUCAAGACCGUCAUCGACGAAUGCACGCAGAUCAUCUCGCAAAGACGUGCAGCCAUGGCGGGUGGAGCGGGGGCGACGGGCGUAGUGCCCCUCGGGGGCGCCCUGCCCAAACAGGAGGAGGGGGGCAGCGACGGGAAAGGCCGGGAUAACGGCUCGCUGCAGGGCUUCGGUUACGGCAUGCAGGGGGAAUGCGAGUCUGCGGCGGAUAUGGCGGCCGCUCUGAGCGGCGGGGCUCAGGGGGAGGGUGACGGGCUGGAGGGUGGCGUGGGCCCUCUAAUGCCCCUCGGUGAGUUAAGCGGGUCGGCACUGUGUAGAGGGGAGGGGCUGGGUGUAGCGGGGGGUGGGGCCAUGCUCAAGGCACCGAGCUGCUCGCAGGAGAUCAACUAUUUGCUCAACCCCAACGCGGACCGAAGCUCGAGCGUCGGCUCGCAGAACGUCGCUGCGAAUGAGCGGGCUCACAUCGGAUCUCCGUCCAGCAUGGGGCGUGUAGAGUACAGCGGAGUGGGGGAUGACCUGGUGGGAGGGGUGGACAGAUACAGCGAAGAAGACGAGAGGGACGUGCACGAUGCUGAGAGGGACACUGAGAGAGACAGACAGACAGCACACACACGCAAACAGAGACAACCACUGAGACUCCAGGUGUUGGGGGGCGAGGAGGUGAUUGUAAAGAAUGAGGGAGUGCAGGAAGGGGAGGGGCUUUUUGAGAUUGAUGACAGAGGAAAUGCAUCACAACAGUCCACAUAUGCACAGGGUGGGUUCUACGAGGAGUCCGGCAUGUUCUCGGGUGGGUUUUGGUCUCAGGCAGAUCCACAGGCGUCUUUGGGCUCAAACCCUCGCUCCCGGGUCAACAAACCACUCACUCCCCCGCCGUCCUCUCAAAGCCUCAGCAACCAGAUGCUUUAUCAGUUUUCCACCAGCGAAUCGCAGCCCUCGUCCUUCUUUGUUGGUGGACCUAUGGUAAUUGACAACUUGGCGGAUUCGUGUCAGCAGGCUCCGCCCCCUGCCCCCUUGACCCCAGCUCCACCCCCUUCCACCCCAGCAUGCAUUGCAGGUCCGAGCUUUGCUGCUCAGGGCUCUGAGACGUCCUUCGACUGCAGCCACUGCGGAAAGUCGUUGCGUUCACGCAAGAACUACAGCAAGCACAUGUUCAUCCAUUCUGGUCAGAAGCCGCAUCAAUGCAGCAUCUGCUGGAGGUCUUUCUCUCUGCGCGACUACCUGCUGAAGCACAUGGUGGUGCACACGGGCGUGCGAGCGUUCCAAUGCUCCGUCUGCAGCAAGCGCUUCACGCAGAAGAGUUCUCUCAACGUGCACAUGCGCACGCACCGCGUGGAGCGCACCUUCACCUGCGCCGUAUGUCACCGCGCUUUCACGCACCGCACGCUGCUGGAGAGACACGCCCUUCAACACCAACACCCCACGCCCCUCAAACCCACCACCAGUCACAUGGAGCAGGGCGGGGGCGGCGGUGGCAUGAGCGGGGCCGGCGGACCAGGUCCCGUCUCCUAAAAAUGAAGUGCUGGAUUUAAUCCCAGGAGCUUUAACACACACACACACACACACUCAACAACAGCAGCAGCAGCGACGUCGUCCUAUGUGUCUGGGGCGUGCUGCGAUGCCUCUUGAACCUUAAAAACCUCAUUAAACACAGAAACCUCAUCGAGUGACUCACACUAAACCACACAGUCUUGUGCGUAUGACGCACGGACUUUAACACCUCGUCUUUACUCCAUUUAUUCAUGUUUUUAUGCGCUUAAUCUGUUUAAAAAACAAACAAUCGGACUCAUCAGAAACCAUACUGACCUCAGGACCAGAAGGGACAAUUCAGAGAUGAUUACCUCCAUUUUUAUUUCAACCUCAACCUCCAUUUUUACAUUUUUUUUUAUCAAGUAUAUGCAUAAGUAUGACAUUAAUAUUUUUAUGGUGGAAUGAUAUGUUAGAGUUGUUACGUAAGAGUUUCACUCUUUUGCUUAAACGGUGCGCGAUUAUGGGCUGAAAUAUUGUACUCUGCUUUGUUUUCUGUAUCCAGCAUGCGCUUGCGUUACGCUGCAUGAAGCUGCAUUAAAUGCGUUGUGACAUUGA